AUGGCUGAGAAAGCACAUCGAUUUAUAGUUCUGAGCAUCCUUGUAAUUGCCUGCUUUAUUGGCAGAUUUCUCACGCCACCCGAACAACACACAUGUGAAUUUCAAGCCGCAAACAUAAUUUUUCAAAGAGCCGCGGAUAUGUUUGAUCAAAGUUUUGCUUUCGCAUCAUAUGGUAAACAAAUUGCCAAUGGACUUCGACAGUUGAGUGAAGAACUUGUACGCGCUGGUAACAGUUUCAAAAAAAUGUAUCGAAACGGGUUCUAUGUUUUCGAAACAUUUCAGACGGAAAUCGAAACACUGUUUAACAUACUUGAUUCCAAAAUGACUGAUAAAUCCAACUUUUUUAAAGAAAGAACUGAGAGAAUGCUCAAAGUAGUCAAAGAGUUUCGUACACAUGUGCGACGAACAAAAAGCGCAAUGCUUGACGUGGACGGUAGACGUAAUGAUCUUGAAACAAACAUAUUUGCUGGGAUGAGAGAGGUACAAAAGUUUAUUAAAGAAGAAUGGCGGAAUAGCCAGACCGAUAUAGUAAUAGCGAAACGUGAAUCGGAAGUAGCUGUCGAUGUUUUAAAGUGCUUUCAAAGUACAGGCAAAAAGAUAGACACAAUACUUAAGAUUUUGGAUGAGCAUGAGAGUAAUCUAUUAGACGUUUAA